AUGACCGUCUUCAUGUUGACUGUUGAUUCUGUGGCCCUGAUAGUCUGCCUCACCUGCCCUGCUGGGUGGCCACAAGGCGCUGUGGUAGUGGGUGUGGCCAUGGAGCGCCGCUGCGUGUGCUCAGGUGUCAGGCGCAGCGUGCCCCAGGUGAAAGUGCGUGCCCAGGUGCAGCGUGUCGCAGGUGUCAGGGCAGUGCAGUGUGGCCCAGGUGCAGUGCGGCUCAGGUGCGUGCGCUGCGGUGCAGUAAGGCGCAGUGUGCUCUGUGGUGAAAGCGUGUGGCCCAGGUGCAGCGUGCCCUGCAGGCCAGGUGCGCAGUGCGGUCGCGGUGCAGGCGUGUCGCAGGUAGCGUGUCGCAGGUGUCAGGCGCAGCGGUGCCGGUGCAGCGUGCUCCAGGUGCAGUGUGGCCCAGGCGUGCGUGCUCAGGUGUUGUGGCGCAGCGUGUUCAGGUGUAAGGUGGCUUGGUGGUGCCAGGUGCAGUGCGUCGCGGCGCAGCGGUGGCCUGUGGUGUCAGGUGCAGUGCGGCCUGUGGUGCAGCGUGCCCAGGCGUUGCGGCGCAGCGCGGCUCAGGUGCAGAAAGCGUACCCAGGCCAGGUGCAACGCGUCUUGUGGUGCAGCGGCUCAGGUGCUGCGGCCCACGGCGUGCAGCGUGGCCUGGUGGUGUUCAGGUGCAGCGUGUCUGGUGGUGUCAGGGUGCAGCGGGCUCAGGUGCUCGUGCGCAUGGCGGUGCAGCAGGCUCAGGCGCGUGGCGCAGCGUGCCAGGCGGCCAGGCAUGCGGGCGGGGUGUGCGGUGUCAGGCGUGAAAGCGCGGGCCCAGGUGUCAGGCGGCCCAGGUGCUUGGGUGCAGCGUGCAUGUGGCAGCGUGCCUGCGUGCUGCGGACGCAGUGCGCUUCAUGGUGUCAGUGGCUCAGGUGCAACGGCCCAGGUGCAGCGUGCUCCAGGUGCAGCGUGCUCCGGUGUCGGUGGCUUCAGGUAGUGUGCCUCAGGUGCUGCGGUGCAGUGCGGCCCAGGUGCAGGCAUGGUGGCGUCAGGUGCAACGUGUGCUCAGGCGCAGUGCUCUGUUGCGUAUGGUGCAGUGCGUCCAGGUGCAGUGCGGCCCAGGUGCUUGCGGCUGCAACGUGUGCCUGGUGCGCAGCGUGCCCAGGUGUGAGGCCUACGGUGCAGCGUGCCCAGGCGCUGGUGGCGUUGUGCUCUGCAGUUACAGGCGCAGCGCGCCUGGGGUGCAGCGCGGCCCAGGUGGUGCGGCCCAGUGGCGUCAGGUGCAGUGUGCUCCAGGUGCAGUGUGCUCGGGCGCAGCAUAGGCAGGCGGGCCCAGGUGCGGGCUCAGGUGCGUGCCUGGUGGUGUCAGGUGCAGUGGCCCAGGUGCAGGCGGUGUCUGGUGGUGCAGGCGGUUCAGGUGCCGUGGUGCAGCGUGUUCAGGUGCAGCGUGCUCAGGCAGCGUCAGGCGGUGCGGUGUGGCGUCGUGGCGCAGCGUGGGGUUCAGGCGUGAAAGUGUCUGUGGUGCGUUCUUGCGGUGCUGCGGCGCAGUGUGUGGUGCAGUGCGUGCUCAGGUGUCAGGCGCAGUGCGCUUCCAGCAGCGUGUCGGUGGUGUCAGGCAGCGUGCUCCAGGUGAAGUGCGUGGCUCAGGCGGCCAGGCGUGCGUGCUCAGGUGGCGUGCCCAGUGCUGUGCAGUGUGCCCAGGUGCAGCGUGCUCCAGGUGAAGUGCGUCUCCAGGUGUCAGGUGCAGCGUGCCCAGGACCGGAAGACAGUUGUCCUUUGUGUCUCUAUUACACCACUACAGCUUGUAUGUUGCCUUGUGAACACUCUCGCCCUGCCAACAUGACGAGCACGGCAGCUGAGGAACACGGCAGCUAA